UAAACUGUAACUUCUUCUUCCCCUGCAACGGUUUUUUCUCCACAACAACCAUUUCUUCAACCAGAGAGAGAGAGAGAAUCGAGCUCAAAGAACAGCUUCAAUGGCGUCGAAAAUUUUUGCUACCUUCUUCCUCCCAUUUUUCUUUCUCGAUCUUGUCUCACUUUCUGAUGCUUCCCUGACACCUAUCUCCUCCGCCGUCGAAGUCCUCUCCUCCGAAUCUACUCACUUCUCCAUGGGACUCACUCUACAGCUCGCGAACCAAGAUCUGAGCCUAGAAGAUUGGCAAGAACUCACCAUCUUCGCACCUUCCGAUCAAGCUUUCUCUACCUUUGGGCAGCCUUCGCUUCUCGAUAUCAAGUACCAGCUCUCUCCGGCGAGGCUCCCUGUCGAAUCCCUAAAGAACCUUCUUCCCGGCGCGAAAAUCCCAACUCUCAGAUCCGAUUCCUCUCUAAUCGUCACGAAUUCUUCGCGAUCCGGAGGCAAAACUUCGAUUAACGACGUCGAAGUCCAAGAUUCUCCUCUUUUUGACGACGGAUACGUCGUGAUUUAUAGUUCCGACGAGUUUUUCACAGCGCCGAUGACCGAAGAAACGAGCCUCAAUUCAUCAUCGUCUUCUUCAAUCCCAAACUCUAUCUCGUCUCCUCCAUCGAUUCCUAUCCCUAGCUCAGCGACUCGCACUCCUCCAAGCCAUAAUUUCGCCGGAUCCACUAAAACCUUCCCGAACAAAACUAAACCAGCGAGUUGCUUCAACAUCUUCGAAUCGGCUUCGAGUUUGUUAUUUUCCAGAGGUUUCGUGAUAAUGGCCACGUUUCUCGCUCUGCAACUGGAAACUUCAGAGAACGACACGAAGCUCACAGUCUUUGCUCCCAUCGACGAAGCGAUUCCGAAUUCGAUCUCCAAAUUCUCCGAUUACGCCACUAUUUUCAGAGGACACGUAAUCCGGAAACUUCUCUCUUGGAAAGAUCUCCAGAAACUAGCAUGGGAAGGAUCGAUCCUGCAAACUGCUCUAAAAGGGUAUGAAAUCGAGCUUUCUUGGUCCGGUGAUGUUCUUCUUCUCAAUGGAGUCCCACUCAUCUAUCCAGAUAUGUAUGCCAACGAAUGGGUCGCUGUUCAUGGAGUCAACCAAAUGAUCGCACCACAAGCAAUGCAGCCUAAACUGGGAGAGUCUAUCUCAGAGCUAAACGGUGGAGAAGAAGAAGAUGAUGUUCAUCAAGAGUACUCUUCUGAGUUAGGCGAUUACGGUCUUCACUGAUU